AUGAAUACGAGACAGGUGCAUGAAAAGUUCCCCGAAGAAGGGGAUUACCGUGAGGGGGAGCAGGUGAAGGGUAGUGAGUGGCUGCGAGAUGGUCGCCAGGGGGAUGACAUCACUGGUGAGGAAGGUGUGGAAGUUAGCUUACUUUGUGGUCAUCAUGGUUACGAAUUCUGCAAACAAGAAGUUAUAAAUGGCCGUGUAAUUAGUGCGUUUUAA